CCACAUCUCAGCUUUACUCUCAUAUUUCGUCAAAGUCACCCAGCCCGCAUCUCGCCCCUCGCUCUCUCUCUCCAAUUCGGGACCUUCAACUCUUCUCUUCUCUUACGAGGGUUAGGGUUUAUUUUCAUUUCCUUCACUUCCAUGGAUAAUAAAUUCGAUAGGCAUAGAGGAGGUGGAGGUGGAGGUGGGGACAGAUACAACGCUACCACCACCGAAGAGCCUCGCCAUUACAGUUCGAGCGCCAGGCACUCCCGCGGCGGUGGAUCCCCCUUUCCCCACCACCGCCAGAGAAAUUCCCGAGGUGGAGGAGGGGGCAGCAGUCCUCACGAUUAUCGCACCAGCGCAUUCUCGAGCGGCGGUGGCCGCGCCAGCGCCAGCGCCAGCGUUGGUAGGGAAAGCUACAGGCCUUUCAAUAGCCCGCCACGUUAUCCUCAGCCGCCUACCGGCGAUCGAGGUGGUGGAGGAUUAAGGCUGAUGGAUGAUGGGAUUGAAGGGUUUCGACGCCCGGUUUCUGGUGGGGAAGGGUUUGGACCGAUGGGUGUCACUGGCGAAAGGGGGUUUCCACCUGUAGGUGGAGGAGGAGGAGGAGGAGGAGCUGUUGUGGGAGGGUUUCGGCAGAUGGAUGGUGACAGGGGUGGCGGGGUUGACGAAUUUCAACAUAUGGGUGGCAGUGGCGGUGGCGGUAGCAGUGCCGGACGCGGGUUUGGAUCCGUCGUUGAACGUAGCAACGCUGGUGAAGGGCUUCGCCCCAUGGCUGGUGGAGCUUUUCAAACGAUGGCCGGCCGUGUCGAUGAUGGUGGUGGUUUAGGACCUGCUGGUAGCGGCAGGCACACCGGAGUGUUUCAACCUAUUGGUUCUGGUGGCAUUGACCGAGAAAGGUAUGCACUGGACAGUCUCCACAUGCUACCACCUCCUCUUACGGGCCAGAAGCGAGGGUACCCCUUUUCUGGCAGAGAAAGAUCUCCAGAUAGAGGAGGAGGUAGUUUUGCCAAGCUUUUUGUUGGGUCUGUUCCCAGGACCGCAACUGAUGAUGAUAUUCGACCUUUAUUUGAAAAGCAUGGGCAUGUUUUGGAAGUUGCUUUGAUCAAGGAUAAGAGGACUGGGCAACAGCAAGGAUGCUGUUUUGUAAAAUAUGCUUCUUCUGAAGAGGCUGAUAGAGCCAUCAGAGAACUUCAUAAUCAGUUCACGUUACCAGGGGGAGUGGGCCCUAUUCAAGUAAGAUAUGCUGAUGGAGAGCGAGAACGCCUUGGUGCAACUGAAUAUAAGUUAUUUGUGGGAUCAUUGAACAGGCAAGCUACUGAGAAGGAAGUUGAAGAAAUUUUUUCACCCUUUGGUAGAGUUGAAGAUGUCUAUAUUAUGCGUGAUGAAAUGAAGCAGAGCCGUGGAUGUGGAUUUGUCAAAUAUUCUCAGAGAGAGAUGGCACAAGCAGCAAUUAAUGCUCUUAAUGGAGCAUAUACUAUGAGUGGCUGCAACCAGCCUUUAAUUGUUCGAUUUGCUGACCCUAAAAGACCACGAGCUGGGGAGCCAAGAGGUCCUCCUCUCAGUGGACCAGGUUUUGGCCCCCAGCUUUCAGCUCCUGGGAUAAGACCACCGCCAGAGCAUGGAGAUUUGCUGCAUGGGUCCAUUCGUUCUUGGCCUUCACAAAGCCCGCAAAAUCUGGGACCACCUUCACAUGUUGGCACUCUUGGUUUUGGCAAUCAGUUUCCUGCGGAAUCUGGAGAUAUGACUGCUAUAGCCACUCAAGGUACUACCCAAGGCCUCCCUGGCCAUUCUGAUGGUUCACUGACUGGAGCUGCUGUUUCUUCUACACCUGGAUCACAUAUGAGUUCGAACCAGCCUUUGCCAAAAGUUCCAUCUAUUGGCUCUGAAAUAUCACCUGUACAAAGACCACUCCAAUCGCCACAGCAUUUUCCGUCUCUCAUGCACAUGCAGGGAUCUCAUGCCCAACCUGGUCAAAUGCAGCCACCUCAAUCUUCUGGCCAGACUGUUUAUGCUGGGGCUCCAUCAUCUCAACAUUUACUGGGGCGGAAUGGUCAGCUUCCUGUACCUCAUGCUCAAGUGCAGCAUAAUGCACCAUCAACUCCCGGGCAAACUCCUGUGAUGGUAAAUCAACAACCAGCUCCUGUGAUGGCUAAUCAACAACCAGCCCCUGUUCAGCAGCUACAACCUCUAUCUCAAUCUCCAUCACAAUUGGCUCAAAUGCUUUCACAACAGAAGCAGACUUUGCAGGCUACAUUUCAGUCAUCACAGCAAACUUUGAAUCAGCUGCAACAGCAGGUGCAGCAGCUGCAGCCACCAAAUAAAAAUUUAACUGCUCAAGCUGCUAAACAUCAGUCUGCUUGGUCUGGAACACCGUCUCAGCCAGGUGUCAGUACCCAUAAUGCCCACGCAGCAGGAGAUUUAGCUGCUACGUCAUCUUCUUUGUCCAAUUUUCCAGCAGCAACUGCUGCCAUCAGUAACUGUAAUUGGACAGAGCAUUUAUCACCAGAUGGAUACAAAUACUACUACAACAGCUUGACUGGUGAAAGCAAAUGGGAGAAACCGGAAGAAUUGACUUUAUAUGAGCAGCAGCAGCAAAAGAAACCAUCCAACCAACAGCCUCAGCUGCAGUCUCACCCACCCGGACAAUUGGCACAGCAAACUCCUCCAAUGCAAGUGCUGUAUCAGGGACGUCAAUCACAGCUACAUAACCAGGCCAAGCCACUACAGCAAGCUUCUCAAACUUUGCAUCCAGAACAAGGGUAUUCACAAGUACCUACAAUGACUGGUUUGGUAAAUGAUCAAUCACAACAUCAACAGGGUGGCGCUCAGGCUGUGCAAGAAUGGAUGCGGAGGAAUAAACAUUCAGGAAUAUAAUGCUGAUGAUGCUUUUGGUUAGCCAAGUGGAAGUUGAGCAGAUAGAUGGGCGGUUUAGAGAGGAGCGAGUGGUAGAUAGAUAGAUAGAUAUAGAUAGAUAGAUAGAUGGAUAUAAUCUAUGUAUGUAGAACAUUGAGAGGUGGUUGCAUUUCAUCAGCUAGCCCAUUGUUGAGCUCGCAUGCAUGUUUCUUUCCUGUCUGCACUCACAUGUUACCGUUAGUCAGUGAGAGAGGGGGUGGGGGUGUGUGUGUGCUAUGAUGAGAGGUGUCGUGAUGUUAGUAGUCUGUUCGGCCUCCCUCCACAACUUGGAGCUCCGUGAACGAACGAAUGAACAAACAGGGAUAGGAUAGGACAGGACAGGACAGGGCGGGCUACUUGUUAACUGGGCUGAUGAUGAUGGUGGUAGAAUCGGUGAUGCAUGCAACUCCCGACCCGACCAACUGCAAUCUGCAAUGAGGAGACCUCCGUCAGUCGUCUUUUAGUGUACAUUUGGCCAGAGUGGGCACGCACUGUAUUAGUUUGUUGAUGGUGAUGGUGUUGUUGUGUUGUGUUGUGUUUUUGCUGUGCGGAGGAAUGUUACCUUUUCCGUCGUCUCUCUCUCUCUCUCUCUCUCUCUCAGACAGUUUAUUUACUUAUUGGAUGAUAGCUAUACCAUAACCAACCAAAUUUGCAACUAAAGUAUAGUAUUUUAUUUUUGUUUUCA